AUGAAUAAUUAGCAAUAAAUUAUAGCUGUCUUAAAUAAAAUCAAAGAAUCUUAAUAAAAAAUCAAAGUUAAGACAUCUAAAUAUCUUAAAUAGCUUGAUAUAUUCAAAAUGCAAUUAAAUACUCAAGAAAUUAGAUUACUUUUAAUAGGUAAUGAAUAAUUACCAUAUGGAUUAUUGUAUUGUAUUGGAAAUAAAUCAAAAGUUGAUGGAAGUCUAAGAAAAUCUGCUUAUUAUAGUGCAGAAUUAUUUCUUAGUAUUUUAGAAAAACAUCCUUAGAGAGUUGAAUUUAUUAAAGUAUUUGCUGAUCUUGAAGAUGAUGAAUACAAAUUACUUUCAUUAUCUACUCAUGUUUUAGCUGAUAAAAAAAUAUAAGAUAAAGGACUUGUUGCUUUUAAAAUUAUCAAAUUUCUAAAAGAUGAAAGACCUCAUUUUAAUCUUGAAUACGUUCUUGAAAUAAAAAAACUCAAAGAAUAAUUUGAAACUUGGUAUAAGAGUGUUAGAGUUUAAUAAAUUUAAGAACAAAUUAAAUAAACAUCAUGGAAAGAAUCUGAUUAACCUCCUCCAGAGAAUUUGAAUUUCUAAAGGGAAUAAAAUAAAAGAUAAAAGAAAUUAGAACAUAUUUCUUUAUAAUGGGAUGGAAAUCCAGAAUAUUUAAUUAAAACUUUUUAUAACCCUUUUAUUCCUUAAUAAAGAACUACUAAAUCUAGUAAAAAUAGAGAUGCAGCAUUAAAAAAAAAGUAAAUUGCUGAAAGUUUGAAUGCUGUUAUUGAUGUAGAAUCAGUUGAAUAAAUCAAAUAAUAAAUUAAAAAUUUAGAUAAAGUUAUUGUUAAAAUUCAUCUUGAUUCUCCAUAAUUUGAUGCAUAAACAUUUUUAAAAUUAGUAUAACCAUAAAUUACAAAAUAAUCUAUGCUUAUGUUGUAAUAGUAAAAUGUAGAAAUGAAUAAAAAUAUUGUCUAUUAUUUUAUAGAUGAUUUUUUUUGUAUUAAUUAAGGAAUCUUAUAGAUUCAUAAUGAAUUUAUUUCUAAAGAAUACAAAGAUCAAAUAAAAAGAAAAAAAUCCUUGGCAUCUAAUGAUAAAUAAGGUCAACCGAUGCAAGUUGAUCAAAUAUUAAUUUUAGGAUCUCUAUCCAAAAGAACAUUUUAAUUAUUAUCAAAAUUGAACUCUAUUUCACAAUCAAUGAAUUAAUUAAGAAUUAGUUAACAAAAUUUAAAAUCUGUUAUUGAUUUUAUAAGAAAAUGUGAAUAAUAUGUUUAAUUACCUAAUUAAUUAAAAGAAGCCUAUUUAUAAAGAAAUAAUGCUCAAGUUAUGAAACUUAUUUCCCUUUAGAAGGAAAAUAUGAAUCAAUAUAAAAAUAUAUCUUUGUUUAAAUAGUUGAAUGAAUAAAUAGAUCAAAUAAUGAAAUAAAUAUAUAAUGAUAUGCUUCAAUAAAUAAAACAAGAAAAUUUAGAAUAUAGUCAGAUUUUAGAAAUAGCAGAAUACAUAAAUGAACUAAAUCUAAAUUAAAAGAGCACUUAAGAUAUUGUUAAUCAUCUUUAAGAAUCUAUAAAGACGAGUUUUAAUUCAUAUUUUAAUAAGACAUUGUAAUAAAGAGAUAAUGAAGCUUAUUAAGUUGAAAAUAUAAGAGGAGAUUUUAUAAUUGAAUUUCUUUAAUAAUGUACUUUACCGCAAAAAGAUUUACAACUUUAAAAUUGUAAAGCUUUAGAAAAUUUUAUAAAUGGUAAAUUUAGUAAACAGGUUAAAUAAUAUUAAAAUUUAUGUAGAGAUCUUAAUAUAAACCCAAACAUGCAAAAAUUGAAAGAAGAAAUUGAGAAUAAGAUGUUAUUAUUCUUGGAUUAAGCUUAAAAGUCGUGGUUUUGUUAACAAUACAGUGCAAUAUUGUGUUAAAGAAUAAACCAAGAUAUAGAUUCUAUAAAGAAUAUGGCUUUGAUAUUAUCAAAUUUAUUAGGUGAAACUCCUAAAAUUGAUAAUUUUAUAAGUGAUAUAGAAGUUAAGUCAUUAUCUUUAUAAUUCUCAAAUUAUACAUUAAAAUAGAUAAAAAUAAAUUUUGUAGUUCCAUAAAGAGAUUUUUUUGGAGUCAAUUUUUCUGAAUUUAUGUUAUAAAUAUUUAAUGAGAUAUUAAAGUAAGAAUAUAUUAAAUUAAAAUAGAAUUUCAAAAAACAAAAAUGUUGAUGGAGUUCUUUUUUUAUAAUUAAUAAAAGACAGUUUGGAUUAUGUUUAAUAAAGUUGUAAAGAAGCCUGUGAUUAUUUGAUAUUUUUGCACAAUAUAAAGUUGAUUUCUAGUUAAAUCAAAGAUUUAGCUUAGAGUGUGUAUUAAAGUUCAAGAAAGUUUAAGACCUUUAAAGAAUUUGCAGAGCCCAUUCAAUAGUAAAUAAAUGGAAUGUUAUCUAAGUAUCAUUAGCCAUGUCUUCAGAACUAUGUCAAAUUAUUAAACCUUGAUCCACCAUAAAUUAUGGAUAUUAUACCUAGACCCUAUGUUGUAUAAUGGUUAACAGUUUUAAAUGAAUAGGCUGUAGUUUUGGCCUAAAUUAGUUUAGAUUAAUCAACUACUGAUUCAAUUAUGUCAUUUAUUGUUAGCUAAUGUUUUAAGAAUAUAGAAGCUGUAUCCUAGAAUUCUAAACGUGUAAAAUUGUUAGAUUAAUUAAAUUACGAGAUUAAUUUAAUUAAAACUAUGACAAUUACAUUUUAAGGGUCUGUAUCAUAGGAAGGAUUUUAGUAAUUGUAAAGAAAACUAGUAGAAUUAAGCCAAAAUUCCUUAUCAGAGACCACUGAAUGGGCAAGAACUUAAAAAUUUAAAAUGUCAUUUAAUUUUAAAGCUUUAUAUGGUUAUUAUUAACAAUAAUGA